UUUCAGGAUCACUUGGAAAAGUGCCGUAAGAUUCCACUUCCUUGCCCUAAUAGCUGUGGAGAUUUAAUUUCUAGAGAAAUGGUAAAUGAAUUUCAUUGUAGUUUAAAUGACGUCAUCAAGGAUCGGAGUAUCAAUUCAUCGCAGGGUUUCAACCUUGCGGGUAGGGCUGUCGGUUGUUUGUCUUGGCAAAGUUGUUAUAAAAAGUUUGAAAAGAUUUGCCAAACCUCAAAACCUCAAAGCGAGUAAAUAAAUAUUACAAAUUAUGUGUGAGCUACGGCGGAAACAAAUCGGUCAAAUCGAUAUGGUCGUGGUCCUUGAGGGGUUGUGCCGAAUAAAUGUACAUGACCGAAGUGACUGCAAAAAAAUACUGGGAUAAAUGUAGAAAAUGUAGGCUUGAUAGGGACCAGGAACCUGAACUUUAGAACCCUUUUCUUCUGUCCUGAGGGGCAGUCAGUCGGGUCGAGAGAAAACGCGACGAGAAGAGCCCUUUCCGCCAGUGCCUGAAACCGUUUUUCUCUAAGAGGCCAUGCUAUGCACUGGGUCUUGAGUGAGUCAGUUCGCUGAUUUAAUUUUAUCAUUUUCUUUUAGAUUCCAAAUCACAUUGAUAACGACUGUCCUUUGUCGUUAGUCUCCUGCCCAUAUGCUCAAAUGGGAUGCAUUGAAAAGGUUUGUUGUUGAUCAUUAAAUACAAUAAUGAAAUUAAUGAAUACAUCAGAGAUUUAAAACAUGAUUAAUUAGUUAUACAUUGAGUAACAACGAUCUGCUAAAGAUUUCACUUCCGACCGUUUAUUUGUUAUCAGGAGCCGUCUUUUAGUUCUUUCACCACUGAUUGCUGAUAUAUAUGCACCCACCCUGAGCACUUAAGCCAAUUACUAAGCAAAAACAAACAUUUAUAUGCCACUGAUACGCCAUAAGACUCCAAAAUUUAUAAUCUAUUUUCUAAGAUGAUUUGUCUUGUGUUUUCAGUUUCGUCGCAAAAACGCGGAUUCGCAUCUUAAGUCAGCCAUGCGAGAGCAUCUUGAAUUUGCCUGUGUUAAACUUAACAACACACAGCUUCAGUUGAAUGAGCAACGAGUUCAGUUAGAUGAAACACGAGUUCAGUUGGAUGAGACACGAGUUGAUUUGGAUGAAACACGAGUUUUGUUGAAUGACACACGAGUUCAGUUAGCAGAAACACAAGCCAAAUUAAGCUUUUUAGCAGUUAAAGAUGGUGGCAAAAAAAGUUAUAUUUGGAAGAUUACAUCGCUCAGUGAACGUUGGAGGCAAGUAUUAAAGGGAAAGAUAGAAAGUGAUCCAUUCUACACUGGACUUUAUGGCUACAAAUUAAAAGUGUUUGCCGCUCCUUGCUUUUUGGAAUACCCUUCUAAUGAUAAGCAACUCUUGAUCCGUUUCGGUAUUGUUUUAAUGGAAGGUGAAUAUGAUGACAUAUUACCCUGGCCUUUCAGCAAGACAAUAACGUUCACAAUAAUUGAUCAAAAUGAGGAUCUCAAAAAAAGGCAAAACUAUAUUUAUUAUUUAAGCCCAAGAAUACUGAAAUGCCAUGACAUGAUAUUCUCAGAAAGACCAGGAAAAGAAAUGAAGGAAGUUGAAAGUCAGCUACCGUUUGUGAUAACUCAGGAGACACUUAAAUCAAGGCGAUACGUUGUAAAUGACACUCUGUUUUUUCAGGUCGAUGUGGAUCUUGAUGAUGAUGACUAG